ACGGUGCAGGGGGACGUCACCUAAUCGAGGCUGUUCGAAACGGGAAAGGAGUGUCUAGUCGAUGCCAAAGUUUCAGAUUCCUGCUACCUUUUUCCUGGCAGGGACACUUCCUGGUUCGAUAUCCAAGCGCGGAGCGCGUUGCCCGUGGAGCGGCCAAUGGAACUUGCAAAAGAUCUCCUCCUGCUUGGCUUUAUUCCUUUUUCAUUUUAAAAAUACUUCAACUUUAAAAACCAAGACGGCCGUUUCCAAAUUGCUGCUCUCAAUGCCUUCCUCUGCGGAGAUAGAAUAAACAAGAAGCCGCGGGAGCGCCAUGGGGAAUUUCAUCCGCACUCACUGUGUUUGGCUCAAGUGCAUCUGCCCCUGUGUCUUCCAGAAACCCAAGCCAGAGACGGGGCUGCCCAUUCCUGAAAUCGUCAGUUAUCCAACGAUGGGGCGUCCGCUGCCCCCGGAGCCGGCGCCGACGCCUCAGUUCGCCGAGCGAUGCAGGACCUACUUGGCUCUGUACGACUACUCUGCUCGCACGCCCGAGGACCUGAGCUUCGAGGCCGGCGAAAGGCUGGAGGUGACCGAUCAAUCACUGGAGAACUGGUGGCUGGCUCGCUCGCUGAAGCGAGGGGAGGAGGGCAGGCAAGGAUACAUCCCCAGCAACUACGUGGCGCUCGACUGCAGCAUAGAGGCAGAGCCAUGGUUCUUUGGAGGAAUUAAACGAAUAGAUGCAGAGAAACAAUUGUUGAUGGCAGGAAAUAGGAAUGGCUCCUUCAUUAUCCGAGAAAGUGAAAGCAAGAUGGGUGACUUCUCACUCUCAGUUCGUGAUGGAGAUACUGUGAAACAUUAUAAAAUCAGACGGUUGGAUGAAGGAGGCUUUUUCAUUGCAAGAAGAUCAACAUUUAAAACGUUGGCAGAAAUGGUUUACAACUACAUGCAGAAGCAAGAUGGCUUGUGUACAAAGCUUGAGGCACCAUGCCAGAAGCUGGAAACGCCGGUAACAGUCGGAUUAUCCUACAACACUGUGGAUCAAUGGGAAAUCCCUCGAACCUCUCUGAAAUUAAUAAAGAAAUUGGGUGCUGGAACCUUUGGAGAAGUAUGGCAAGGCGUUUGGAAUGACAGAACGCAAGUUGCCAUAAAGACAUUAAAAACCGGUACGAUGGCCAAGCAGGACUUCCUAAGGGAAGCACAAUUAAUGAAAUUAUUAAGACAUCCCAAGCUAAUUCAGCUGUAUGCUGUGUGCACUGUUGAAGAGCCAAUUUACAUUAUUACCGAAUUAAUGAAAAAUGGCAGCUUGCUUGACCACUUACACAAAAAGCAGGGAAUGAGUUUGACCAUAAGUGACCUACUGGAAAUGUCGGCGCAAGUAGCUUCAGGAAUGGCAUAUCUGGAAGUUCAAAAUUAUAUUCAUCGUGAUUUAGCUGCCAGGAAUGUUCUGGUUGGGGAGAACAACAUCUGUAAGGUAGCUGAUUUUGGACUUGCCCGAGUUUUUAUGGCAGAAGAUGAAAAUAUUUAUGAAGCAAGGGAAGGAGCAAGAUUUCCUGUGAAGUGGACUGCACCAGAAGCCAUCCAUUCAAAUAAGUUCAGCAUCAAAUCAGAUGUUUGGUCCUUUGGAAUACUGCUGUAUGAAAUGAUCACUUACGGAAAGAUGCCGUAUCCAGGGAUGACAAAUUAUCAAGUAAUCCAGGAGUUGGCAAAAGGAUACAGAAUGCCUUGCCCUGCAGAAUGCCCCCCGCCACUGUAUGAAAUCAUGAUAGAUUGUUGGAAAGACAAAGAUUGUGAACGGCCAACAUUUGAGACCCUCCAAUGGAAGCUGGAGGACUUCUUUGAGACUGAUCUUUCAGCCUACACAGACGCUCAAGCUUUUGUUAGUUAAUAUCAGCAAACAUUGAUGAUUUAGUGCCUGCAAUGAAUAGAACUGAUUUAAUAUUCAAAUCUUGGAUUUUGUUAAAUAAUCUAAUGGCUUUGAUUUUAGGCUGGUACGUACGCAUGUCAAACAGCUAUGAGUUCAUGCACUUGCCCAACGGCUAUAAAGGAUUCCAUGUCAUUGAAGUUAAUUUGCACAUUAUUUUUGAAGGAAGUGUACUGAAUCUUGUUGUUUUUAAUAAGUAGCUAGAGUGACAUCAUCGAAGUGGACUAUAUUAAUGAAGAGGCCAAUCAGCACUCCAUGUUUUGUGAAAAAAAAGGUUUCUGUUUUGAAUAUGCUGAGAUAAAGGAUAUGCACAAAUGGUUGGAGGGAAUAACGCAACGUUAUUUUCUGGUUCAAAGAGUCCGUCUUUUCUUUAGCAUAACAAUAAUCACUUGGACUAGCUUCUGGAAAUGUCCCCUAGCUGUUGGAGAUGAAGGGGGGGGGGGGGGGGAAUGUUUGUGAAAAGUUAGGG